UGCUGGACCCAGCGGCCCAGGCCUUGGAGCUGGUGUUCCCGAGGACUCGGUCCCGUUAGCGCCAUGAGCAGCGGCUGCCGCAUCGAAUGCAUAUUUUUCAGCGAGUUCCAUCCCACGCUGGGACCCAAGAUCACCUAUCAGGUGCCAUCGGGCUCGCGGGCUUGGUGGGGAAAUAGGGGCGCUCUCCAGAGCUCAGUCCGCUGUCUGGAGGCGGCGGAUGCCCGUCCCCGCGCUGCACGCAGGCCCGCUCCUCCUUCAUUCGCCGAGAAUCGUGAACCGAGAGGGUGCUCAGACCCAGGUUCCUGAGGACUUCAUCUCCCGGGAGCUGUUUGACACGGUCCAGGUGUACAUCAUCACCAAGCCAGAGCUGCAGAACAAGCUCAUCACUGUCACAGCCAUGGAGAAGAAGCUGAUUGGCUGCCCUGUGUGCAUCGAGCACAAGAAAUACAGCCGCAAUGCCCUGCUCUUCAACCUGGGCUUUGUGUGUGACGCCCAGGCCAAGACCUGUGCCCUUGAGCCCAUCGUCAAAAAGCUGGCUGGCUACCUGACCACGCUGGAGCUGGAGAGCAGCUUCGUGUCAUCGGAGGAGAGCAAGCAGAAGUUGGUGCCCAUCAUGACCAUUUUGCUGGAGGAGCUCAAUGCCUCAGGCCGGUGUACUCUGCCCAUCGAUGAGUCCAACACCAUCCACUUGAAGGUGAUUGAGCAGCGGCCGGACCCCCCUGUGGUUCAGGAGUAUGAUGUGCCCGUCUUCACCAAGGACAAGGAGGAUUUCUUCAGCUCCCAGUGGGACCUCACCACACAGCAGAUCCUGCCCUACAUUGAUGGCUUCCGCCACGUGCAGAAGAUCUCGGCCGAGGCAGAUGUGGAGCUCAACCUGGUGCGCAUCGCCAUCCAGAACCUGCUGUACUACGGCGUGGUGACCCUGGCGUCCAUCCUCCAGUACUCCAACGUGUACUGCCCCACGCCCAAGGUCCAGGACCUGGUGGAUGACAAGUCCCUGCAAGAGGAGUGUCUAUCCUACGUGACCAAACAAGGUAAUGGUGGGCUCUGGGGAGGCCACCUCGGGGAGGGCAGGGCAGGGCCACCUGGA